GUCAAAAUGUCUGCUCCCAUGAACAAUAUUGGACUUGAAGUUUAUUGGACAUAAAGAAGUCUGCUAACUUCCAUGAACUAACAUGUGACUUAGUUUUGUUGUCUAAUUGAUUUGAAACAAGAAAUGGGUUCAUCUAGAAAUACAAAGAAGAGGAAGAAUGUUGGGAGAAAAAAACUUGGCAAAGUUGAUGAUCUUAAUGACAGUACAUGUAAUCAUGGUAAUGGUGAAACAGAAGUAAACAAAAUUCUGUUAGCACAUAAUGACAGCUUAGAAGAAGAAUUUCCUCAGAAUACAGAAAGUUAUAAUGAUGAUAUGGACCAGAAUGAAGAAAACUAUGAAUACUAUAACGAUUACUAUGGGUAUGAGGAAGACUGUGAGGAAACCCAAAGUUUUGGCAUGGGUGUUGAACCAGAAACUCUGGAAGUUUUAAAAAACAUCAUCCUUGAUUUAAUUUCUGACACUAGAAAGUCUGAAAUGAUAUCCCGUGAUGCUGAACGAUAUUUGGCAUCCAUAUUAGGCCUUUGUGAUAUAGAACAAAGAAAAGAAAUGAUGAAAGUGAGAAAUAAGAACCAUAACCCACUAUCUUUGGCUUGUAAGUUAAAAAAUGUAGACUUAGUAAAGUUUUUAGUGGAGCAUUGUGAUGCAAAUGUUGAUGGUGAAUCAGAUGACCUGAAGGGGAAGCCUUUGUUUUGUGCAGUAGCAAAUGGGGAUGAAGAUAUUGUGCACUAUUUACUUGAAUGUAAUGCUGAUGUUGGUAUAGACAUUGGGAAAAACUGUAAUUGUCUAAUGCUUGCCAUGAUGGUAUUCCCACCAGAAAUAUUUCCAGUAUUUGGAUAUAAACACCCAGAUGACUCUGGAAACCAAACUAAAAGUCAGGAGUUAAAAGAAGCAGUGGACAUGGGAUUCUGUCAUAAAGUGGAGAUUGUUAAAAUGCUGGUAGAUAAAGGGGCUGUGGAAAAAUGCUCAGAGAGACAACUAUUUGAUAUCUUGACUGCUGCUUUUGAUGAAACAAAAGAAUUUUACAAAACCUCACUUCAGUUUUUGCUUGAUAAAGUUCCAGUAGAUUUUGGCAAUGUUAGGAAUGUAGAAGGUUUGUCAGUAUUUGGAUACGAGAUGAUUCACAGGGGAAGUUCUAUGUCAGGUUACCUAGAACCUUACUUAGAGAAUAUAAACAAUAUAAAUGAUGCUAAUCUACUCAAAUUUCAAUCAGCCAUUGAAAACUGUGAUAGCACUGAAGAACAUGUUGAUUCUGUUUUAGGAUCAUUUAAUAUUGAUAAGGACUCCAAUGAAAUUGUCCAGUGUGACAAAUUAGAUGAAAAGUUAGAUGCUAAGUAUGUUCAUCCGAUUCUGUAUCUAGCUUCAUCUGGAGACACCAUGUUAUACCAUAAAUGUUUACUCAUGCCAGAUAUACCUCUCCACGUUAAAAUAGAAAGUCUGGAAGUGUUUGGGACAUACUGCUGUACUUCAAAUUAUUUUGCUGAUGCUGUUCAAUGUUGGAAAGCUGCUGAUGAAAUAAGGAGACAAAAAUGUGUCCGUGUCACAAGAAAUAAAAUGUACAAAACAACAUCAAAUGAUGCAGAAAGUAUGUCGAAAUGGGAAACCGAGGAACGUGCAAAUGAAGAAGCCCGAUCUCAGUUUUUGUCUUCUCUAAAUCCCAUUAUGCCAACAUUAAUUAUAGAUCUUCUAGACACUGUGUCAAAUUAUUUCUCUCAUGUAACCAAGAAAACUGUUCAGCUGGUUAAACAUAUCUUUAACGAACAAGUAAAAAAGGGGGAGGUUCCUGAUUUGACUGACAUAUCUACCCAUUCUUCCUUCGGAUGGCACCUUGGUAAAAGCCAGGCAGGAAAGUCAAUAGACACACGCUUGGCAAUCCUACUUAAAAGUGCUCAGAUUCAUGAGAGUGUGAUUGGUUAUGGAGAUUUCAGAACAUUUUUGGCAUAUAAGAAUCUGGCUGAAGAACUGGACAAGGAAGAUAGAGUUAGACAAUUGGCUACAUUCAUAACUUAUAGUUUUCCAUAUUUCAUUCAAUUUCUACCGAAUGAAGAAAUUUUAGACAAAAAAUAUUUCUGUAAAUGGUUUAUCUUAAAAUUGGUCGACAUUGUUACCAAUGAGAAUCACCGUUCACUGUUGUCUUUUGAAACUUUAAUGUCAAUAUGGAAAUGUUUUUUCUUAGAAUGUUGUGUGACUCCAAGAAGUCAGAGAAAAUUCAUAGAAUUUGCAUCAUUGCUUGUGAUGAUGAAGAUUAUGAAUAGACAAAAGAAGACCUUUGAAGAAACAAAGAGAUUUUCCCAGUUUAUGAGACAAGUUAUUCAGGCUGAUCUUAGAAAUUUAUAUGGUCAAACAAUACUUCAUUAUGCUGUACCAACUCUGUCCGAUGAUACUAUAGAUUCAUGGAUGCCAUAUUUGGAAUACAAGAAAAGUUCAUUGACUGAUGAAUUUUGUGGAUCAUUGGAAAUGAUAGAGUUAUUGUUAACAUUCGGAGCAGAUCCUAACGCUUUUGAUGAUGAAGGAAUGACUCCUUUACACUUUUGUUACUUUUUAAUGUUAAAAGUUUCUGAGGAGCAGGGCACCAGCAGCCCUCAAGACAUUAUUAAAGCUCUUCUGGAAGGAGGUGCUCAUCCAGAUUGUGUAGAUCAAACCAACCAAUCACCAAUAGAUAAUUCCCAGGAUUCAGUAGUGCCGCUAUGUCCAGUUGCUAACCGAACACUUCAAUGUCUUGCCUCUGUGUCCAUCGUAGAUAAUAAUAUUGGAUACCAUGAACAUUUACCUCAACAUCUAAUACAGUUUGUUAAACUUCAUCAGAGGAAUGGGGAGCCUACAUUUCAAAACUUUCCCGACCAUUUAUUUGGAUUAUCUCCUGAUUGACCGUUAGACAGAUCAAAAGUCAUGUAAAGCAUUGUAAAGUGUUGGGAUUUUUUUUCUUUUUUACGUAGUUUAUACAUAUUUAAAUUUUUUCUAACCAAUUGGUUCCAUUUUAUUCUUGAUAUGUAAAACAGCUGUGACUGAAUAGGUUAUGAAAUGUACAAGUCUGUAAAUUUCAUAAACUUCCUCUGGAUAUCUGAGUGACCAAAUGACCCAAGGGGCCAGAUUAAGUUGUUGUCAUUAUUUGGUAUCUAAUUAUAAGGUUAAUAUUGUGUGCAACCCUUUACUAUUAUAUUUUAGAUAAAAACUGCCUUACAUUGAUGGAUUGAUUUUAGUUGGAUUUUGUGAUACCUGCUCCACAUCUCCUUUUAAUAAGUCUCCUGAAAGAAGAUGGGAAAGCUUUUUGUUCCAUUUCAUAUUAUUGUACUUUAUAUUGUUGUACAUGUAAAUGAUAAUACAGUUACAAACUAUGUAUCAGGUCCCACGCAACAGUCAAAUGUUGGUGGUUGGUGUGGUCAGUUGGUGUGGUCAGUUGCACUGUCCAAUAUAUUUGUGUGUAAUUAAGGAAAAAGUAUUGAAUACUCAAUCCUAUGAUUUUAUAAAAAGAAUGUCAAGAUCUAGCUACUUUCCAUUUUGAUGAUGAAAUUGAGUUGUAUAUUGGCUGUUUUUCCUCUUCCUUUUCAGGAGUUAUGGCCCUUCGUUGAUUGAAAAAUGGGUAUUUAUGUUGUUUCCUUGUAAUAACUUGAAAGUAGAACAGUUCAACCAAUCAUUUGCAAAUAUAAUAUGCUGUUUCUCAUCAAAAUGGAGGCAAAACUCAAUAUUGUAUAUUUGCAUUAGGGAGCUACUAUUUGAUUUUAAUGGGAGGGGGGGGCUAAGAUGAAAAAUUUUGUCCUCCAUUUUUUUUUUAGUUGUAAUCUUUGUCCUGUCUUUUUAUUUUUCACUCUAUUCGGUCCUGCCUUUUUAUGCCCCCGCCGUAGGGGAGGGGGCAUUAAGUUUUACCCUUGUCCGUCUGUAUGUCCCAAAGUUGGUUUCCGUUCUCUAACUUUAGUUUGCCUCAACCAAAUGUUAUGAAACUUAUACACAAUGCUUAUUACCACAAAACACAGAUCGAGUUUGAAUUUUGGUGGCGUCACUAUAACUGUUCUAGAGUUAUGCACCUUUACAAAUGGAAAAAUUGCUGAAUUUUUCGUUUCCGUUUUCUCACUUUAGUUUGCCUCAACCAAAUGUUAUGAAACUUAUACACAAUGCUAAUUAGUAAUUACCACAAAAUACAGAUCGAGUUUGAAUUUUGGUGGUGUCACUUUUACCGUUCUAGAGUUAUGCCUGUUUACAAAUGGAAAAAUUGCUGAAUUUUUCGUUUCUGUUCUCUAACUUCAGUUAGCCUCAACCAAAUGUUAUGAGACUUAUACACAAUACUUAUUACCACAAAACUCAGAUCAAGUACAAAUUUGGGUAGCGUCACUUUUACUGUUCUUCAGUUAUGUCCCUUUAUAACUUUAUAUGAUAUGCAAGCGGGGGCAUCAUCUGUGUCCCUAGGACACAUUCCCCAUUUAUUUUUUAUUAGUUUAUUCUGACUUUUUUUUACAUAAAUUGUCAUCCUGCCUUUUUUUUUUGCCAAAUUGCUCAUCCUGCCUUUUUUUUACUCAAAACUCCUGUCCUGCCUUUUUUUCAAAUUUCAUCUUAGCCCCCCCCCCCAUAAAAAUCAAAUGGUAGCUCCCUUAUAAACAACUAAACCAAUCAAUUUAAACCAAACUUGACUCAAAUAAUCAUUUAGUGUCUAAACUUUUGAUUUUAAAUUAAUUUCUGUAUCAACCAACAUGGCCUCCAUUACUAAAAAUUAUCCUUAAGUGUCUAGACUGAGGGGUAAUGUCCACAUAUUUAUUUUUUUGAAAACUGCAGUAAAUAGAAAAUAUUGAUUGCAACACAGUUACCUACAAAUCAGGAUCUACUGAAGUCAAUAUUGUUAGUCUAUUCAGUAUUGGAGUUGUUGCCCUUUAAUGACAUUUAAUUUUUUAUUACCCUGAAGCCAUACAUGUACAGUUAAGAGAAAAUAACCAACAAAAUUGAUACAAUAAGUCAUUGGUUGUUAAUAAAGUGAGGACCAAUAUGAAAAUAAGGAGAUGUGGUAUGAUUGCCAAUUAGACAACUAUCCACCAAAGUUCAAAUGAACUUGAAGGACAUUGUACACCCUUUAAUAAUGAGAAAACCCAUACCAUAUAGUUGGCUAUAAAAGACCCUGACAUGAAAAAUAUGAAACAAUUCAAUUAAAAAAACCAACAAUUGAUUGGUAGUGAAAAGGUGGGAUGCUCCAAAGAUUUGAAAAUAACUCAUUUGAUUUCAGGAAUAAAUGCUAAAAAGCUGAAAAUUAAUAUCAAUAUGACAUGAUUUUUUUGCUAGGUGAGCAAUUCUGACUCAAAGGAGACUUUAUUUUUUUAAAUCAAUUUGCUGUUUAAAGGUAUAUGAAAUAUAAUGUAAUAUUUGUUCAUUUUACAGUCUAGUCUGCUGUGUUAUUAAUAUACAAAUAAAAUAUUUGUUUUCUUA